AUGGACCGGGCACACAUUCUACGCCUCCUCGAAAACUUGAGGUCCGCAGACAAUACCUUGCGCAAAUCGGCAGAGGCGGAGUAUGAGUCAAUUAUUCAGGGAAACAGUGUGUGGAUGAUGUGCAAUCUGUCGGAGCUAUGUGCCGUCACGGACAGCGCACCAACCAUGCAGAUGGGUCUGGUUUUGCUGAAAAAGCUCUUCAGCAGCAAGCACAACUGUUUUGACGUCUCAGAUGCACAGACGCAACAGGCCGUGAAAGGAUUGAUGUCGCAGGUGCUCGGGAAGGCGGCUUUUGGCCCACAGCGGGGUUUGGCCGCAGCAUGCGUGAGCGCCCUCGUCGUCAAGAUGCAUGCACUAGGUCAGGAAUGGGGGGAACUUUGGCAGAGCGUGUUUCAGAUUCUUGAAAACGCGGAAUCUGAUCAUCAGCUCAAGACUAUUUGCUGCGAGAUCAUCGCCACGACUGGUCCUUCCAUGGCGAGCUACUUUGAGUCCCAUACCGGCAGGUUGGUGACUGGAAUUAAAAAUUGUCUGGCAGAUCCUUCUGUAGAGGCAAGAAGGAGCGCUUUUGAUGCCCUUGUCAAUGUUGCCAUGUGCAGAUCCAUACCAGAUUUUGCCCAAUUGGUUCCCUUGAUGCUACAAGUUGUACAGGACUCUCUCAAUGCAUCCAACUGGGACGAUGCGGAGCAGUUGACUGGAAAACUCGCCGAUGGUGUCGCACAUGCCCCUGGACUUUUUGCGGGUCACACAUCAGCGGUUCUGCAUGGAUUGAUGGAAGUGGCGUCAGCGCCGUCAGUCG